CUAAACAUUAUGACCCGGACACCACCGAGCCAAUCAGCUCCGGCCUUCAGUCCCUGGAGGAGCUGUUGUCGUGGAAACGCAGCGAGGCCAACCCCUUCAACGUGGCGACGGUGCCCCUGGCCAAUCGGGAGCCUUCUCUGGCCAGCACGCCGCACCGGACUCUGGUGAGUCACGACAUGAUGGGCGGAUACCUGGAUGACAGGUUUCUGCAGGGAGCAGAGUCGGAUGCUCCCUAUGUGUUCUACCACUGGCAGUACAUCGACGUGUUUAACUACUUCAGCCACAACACGGUGACCAUCCCCCCGUCCGUCUGGACCAACGCUGCUCACCGACACGGAGUCAUCGUCCUGGGCACCUUCAUCACUGAGUGGACGGACGGGGGGAAGAUGUGCGAGGUCUUCCUGAAAGAGGAGGAGUCUUACAGGGCCGUAGCUGAUAGGCUGGUUCAGAUAUCCCACUGUUACGGCUUCGAUGGUUGGCUGAUCAACAUCGAGAACCCUCUCGGUGUGAGUUUUAUAACUUUUAACAGUUUGUUAUUCUGUACUAAACUCUUGUCUAUUGCUGUGCGAUAGAGACGUUGGUUUUCAUUAUGUUGUGGGUGCGUUGGAA